AUGGCCGAUUUCAACUCCUCCCCGCUCCUUGGGCCUUUCACCGAGCGUAAGCCACAGAUGUCGAUCACCCUCCCUCGCAACUUUGCUCCUACAGACGUUAUCGACCCCAAAACACCAGACCAGACUUUCGCAGAGGCCAGGCUGCCUCCUGCGCCUCAUCACACUACAAUGAAGGUGCGACGUCGCCCAGUCGACCUCAGCAGCUUCACCGCGCAGAACAGCGCGCUUCCUCCUACACUCUUUGCUUCUGACAUUCCGAUACCUUCCAGCGCCAUGCCACUUCAGACUCCCUUUCAGAUGUCGAGUGAUCCCAUCAAUGCCGACACUCCUCUUCCUUCAAUCGAAAUGACUAGCUCCGCUGUCCGCCCAAUCUACCAGCACAGCGUCACCGACCCGUCGCCUAGCGAACGACUUCGUCUGCCCGCAUACCGUGAACAGCCGCCGCGCACGCCACCUGCGCAGACCAAGAAUAUUCCCGCUGAGCUCAACCGCUCAAUUUGGGACAUGAAUCGUGCUGUUUCCGUGUGCUCAGUUCACUCCGACUCGUCCAUAUCUUCCGCUGGGACAUUCACUACGAGACCUACUUCAUUUAGCGGCAGUGCCACAAGCCCUGAUACAGAUGCCAUGGACCCUUUCUCGCCAGGAAAGGUCUACAUCAUUCCAGACACUCCUACUCGUCGUGGAAAGAAGCUCAAGCUCAAGUCCGAAUUCUCCAAAGAAAAGGUUCAGUGGAGUAUUGAAAUGGAUAACCACCUCUUCAACGUUUAUCAGAUCUAUCUGGCUGAUCCUGCCGUGACGCCAUUCAAGACUGUGCCUGGCAGCAUCCCUCCUACUGGGGUAUGUCACAGGGUUUCUCGCCGAGCCAAAGAGACUUGGCCAAAGGCUCGACGAGUAUCGCGUCCGAUUGUUCAACGGUACAAAGUCCGAAGUGUUUUCGAUGGUCGUGGAAGCCCUCUGAGCAGGACUCCCGAACCGGAAGACUUUCUGAGAACCGAUGCCGCCCUUGAGUCGAGGGAGUCUUGGCCGUCCGAGAGCGCGACACGUCGACGCCUCAAGCAGCUGUGUAAGGAAAAGUUCACCAUUUCAGCCCACUACCAGCGCCUUCGUGAGUCGAGAAGCCCCUCGCCAUUUACCAGUCAAUUCGAGCGACGUCCCUCUUCGAGGCUCUCUCGUUCGGUUUCCAGACAGCCGGAAGAGGAAAGACCAGGUGCGGCCUAUGCUACGAGAGAACUUGGCAUAUCUCUGGUGGCUAGUGGCGCGACUGCACCUCUCGCCCAGCUUGUUACCGGCGACUCGCCAGCGAUGGAUGAAAGCGAGGAUUUCUUCAACACUCCUCUGAUUCAGCUUCCUCCGCCAUUACCUCAGCAGGGUCUUGGUAUCAAGGAGGAGGAGGAGCCGGGCAAGUUGGGUGUCGGAAGCAGCAUUCCUCGCCUUGCUUCUCCUUUUGCCUAUUCCACUUGGAAUGGCCACACCCGCACCAGCAAUCCUCACAGACGCCGCAUUUCACAAAAUCAAUUUGACACCAUGCAUGCCACGGGAACUCGACUCCUGUCGCCAUUCAAGCCCGAGCCUGAUGUCUCGCAAAAUGUGAACAAGAGACGUGCUCUGCAUAAUCUUGAAGACGAGCUAAGCCCACAUGGCUCAAAUCUAGGCCCAGAGAUUGCUCCAGCUGCUGAGGGCUCCCAACCUCCGCAGGAACUCAUCUUUACAGGCGCUGGCGAUAUUAGCCAAAGACGCAUUCGAUUGAGAAGUCGAGGUGCUACCCUCGGCGCGGUUAACACUCGCGAGCGAUUUCAAGGUCUUUUUGACCCCCCAGCCAUCCAAACACCCACUCUCGCAGGUGCUACCGAACUCCCGCAGAUGCCCGCGUUGCCUAGCUCACUGACCACUGCCACUGCGAACCGUGGCCAGCCGGCUUCGUCCUCGACCUUGGCCCUACCCGAGCAGGAUGCCUCACAGAAGCGUCUCGGAUCACCCUUCGAGCUUGACCCCAACAAGCGCAGCCUGCGUCAAAUGAUGCCGCGCCAUGCGCCCAGCCUCUCGGAUCCAUUUCUCUCAAACAAUGCAUCUAGCAUCAGCGAGCGCCUUGCUCAGUUCAGCAGUUGGCAUCGCAUGGACUUCCGCCAGAACCGGACCCAUGACGAUCCAUUUGCAUGA